GGGCUUUCCCGCGAGGGCUCCAGAGUCCGUGGGAGCGUGUUCGCCGCCGCCGGGACCCGGGAGAGAGGCUUGGUGGGAGCAGCGGGGACUCGGUGUCCGUGCUGCCGCCAGCCAUGUACGGAUGGGGAAACUGAGGCACGGACUCCCGGCUGACCCCUGCCGGCCCCCGCUGACGCCGAGAGCCCCAGGCAUUUUGAUUUGCUGUCUUUUUACAGCAUGGACACCAAAUUGCUAAAAACAUACUUUGGGACUGCCAGUGAAUUUAUCUUUUGCAAUUUUACGACAAACUUACUAGUGGUCCCUUGUUUGAGCUAAUGUUCUGAAGUUACUAUCACGAUGAGUUCAGGCUUAUGGAGCCAAGAAAAAGUUACUUCAUCCUAUUGGGAAGAGCGGAUUUUCUAUUUGCUUCUUCAAGAAUGCAGUGUUACAGACAAACAGACGCAAAAGCUCCUUAAAGUACCAAAGGGGAGUAUAGGACAGUAUAUCCAAGACCGCUCUGUGGGGCACUCGAGGAUUCCUUCUGCCAAAGGCAAGAAAAAUCAGAUUGGAUUAAAAAUCCUAGAGCAACCUCAUGCAGUUCUGUUUGUUGAUGAAAAGGAUGUUGUAGAAAUAAAUGAAAAAUUCACAGAGUUACUGUUGGCAAUAACCAACUGUGAGGAGAGGCUCAGCUUGUUUAAAAACAGAAGCAGACUAAGCAAAGGCCUCCAGGUAGAUGUGGGCUGCCCUGUGAAAGUGCAGCUGCGAUCUGGGGAAGAGAAAUUUCCAGGAGUUGUGCGCUUCAGAGGACCCUUAUUAGCAGAGAGGACGGUGUCGGGGAUAUUCUUUGGAGUAGAAUUGCUGGAAGAAGGUCGUGGUCAAGGUUUCACUGAUGGGGUAUAUCAAGGGAAACAGCUUUUUCAGUGUGAUGAAGACUGUGGAGUAUUUGUCGCAUUGGACAAGCUGGAGAUCAUAGAAGAUGAUGACAAUGGACUGGAAAGUGAUUACGCAGGUCCAGUGGACACAAUGCAGGUUGAACUUCCCCCUUUGGAAAUAAACUCCAGAGUUUCUUUGAAGGUUGGAGAAGGUAUAGAAUCUGGAACAGUUAUAUUCUGUGAUGUUUUACCAGGAAAAGAGAGCUUAGGAUAUUUUGUUGGUGUAGACAUGGAUAACCCUAUUGGCAACUGGGAUGGAAAAUUUGAUGGAGUACAGCUUUGUAGUUUUGCAAGUGUUGAAAGUACAAUUCUCUUGCACAUCAAUGAUAUCAUCCCAGCUUUAUCAGAUAACAUGACACAGGAAAGGAGGCCUCCCAAACUUGCCUUUAUGUCACGAGGUGUUGGGGACAAAGGUUCAUCCAGUCAUAAUAAACCAAAGGCUACAGGAUCUACCUCAGACCCCGGAAAUAGAAAUAGAUCUGAAUUAUUUUAUACCUUAAAUGGGUCUUCUGUUGACUCACAACCACAAUCCAAAUCAAAAAAUACAUGGUACAUUGAUGAAGUUGCAGAAGAUCCUGCAAAAUCACUUACAGAGUUAUCUCCAGACUUUGGACAUUCUUCACCACCACUGCAGCCUCCUUCCAUGAACUCCUUGUCCAGCGAGAACAGAUUUCACUCUUUGCCCUUCAGUCUGACGAAGAUGCCCAACAGCAAUGGCAGCAUGGGUCACAGUCCGCUCUCGCUGUCAGUGCAGUCUGUGAUGGGUGAGCUGAACAAUGCUCCUGUGCAGGAGAGCCCACCCUUGCCCAUGACCUCUGGUAACUCACAUGGGCUGGAAGUGGGCUCCCUGGCUGAAGUGAAGGAGAAUCCGCCAUUUUAUGGGGUCAUCCGCUGGAUUGGUCAGCCACCGGGGCUCAAUGAAGUACUAGCUGGACUGGAACUGGAGGACGAAUGUGCAGGCUGCACAGAUGGAACCUUUAGGGGCACUCGGUACUUCACCUGUGCCCUGAAGAAGGCGCUGUUUGUGAAACUGAAGAGCUGCAGGCCGGACUCCAGGUUUGCAUCCCUGCAGCCUGUCUCCAAUCAAAUCGAGCGCUGCAACUCCUUAGCAUUUGGAGGCUAUUUGAGUGAAGUGGUAGAAGAAAACACUCCACCAAAAAUGGAAAAAGAAGGUUUGGAGAUAAUGAUUGGAAAGAAGAAAGGUAUCCAAGGUCAUUACAAUUCUUGUUACUUAGAUUCAACCUUAUUUUGCUUAUUUGCUUUUAGCUCUGUUCUGGACACUGUGUUACUUAGACCCAAAGAAAAGAAUGAUGUAGAGUAUUAUAGUGAAACACAAGAGCUACUGAGGACAGAAAUUGUUAAUCCUCUGAGAAUAUAUGGAUAUGUAUGUGCCACAAAAAUUAUGAAACUGAGGAAAAUACUUGAAAAAGUUGAGGCUGCAUCAGGAUUUACCUCUGAAGAAAAAGAUCCUGAAGAAUUCUUAAAUAUCCUGUUUCAUCACAUUUUAAGGGUAGAACCAUUAUUAAAAAUAAGAUCAGCAGGUCAAAAAGUACAAGACUGUUACUUCUAUCAGAUUUUUAUGGAAAAAAAUGAGAAAGUUGGAGUCCCUACAAUUCAACAGUUAUUAGAAUGGUCGUUUAUCAACAGUAACCUGAAAUUUGCAGAGGCACCAUCAUGUCUGAUUAUUCAGAUGCCUCGAUUUGGGAAAGACUUUAAAUUAUUUAAAAAAAUUUUUCCAUCUUUGGAAUUAAAUAUAACAGAUUUACUUGAAGACACUCCCAGGCAGUGCCGGAUCUGUGGAGGGCUCGCGAUGUAUGAGUGUAGAGAAUGCUAUGAUGACCCGGACAUCUCAGCUGGAAAGAUCAAGCAGUUUUGUAAAACCUGCAACUCUCAAGUCCACCUUCAUCCCAAGAGGCUGAAUCAUAAAUAUAACCCAGUGUCGCUCCCCAAAGAUUUGCCUGACUGGGACUGGAGACACGGCUGCAUCCCCUGCCAGAAGAUGGAGUUGUUCGCUGUGCUGUGCAUAGAAACGAGCCAUUAUGUAGCCUUUGUGAAGUAUGGGAAAGACGACUCUGCCUGGCUCUUCUUCGACAGCAUGGCCGACCGGGAUGGUGGUCAGAAUGGCUUCAACAUUCCCCAGGUGACCCCCUGCCCGGAAGUGGGCGAGUACCUGAAGAUGUCUCCCGAGGACCUGCACUCCUUGGACUCCAGGAGAAUCCAAGGCUGUGCUCGCAGACUUCUUUGCGAUGCAUACAUGUGCAUGUACCAGAGUCCAACCAUGAGCUUGUACAAAUAGCUGGGUCAUCCCAAGAGGUGAAGAGACCGAACACAAAAUCUCAGUGUUGCGUUUUCCCAGAGCUGGUGGUUCUGUUCUACGCCCAUUGCCGGCAAUGGGUGUCUGUGUGGUGGCGACUCAGAAAAGGAUUCCUGUGCUUCAAAAUCAAUUGCUUUUGUGUUGCUGAAGUAUUUAAUAAGAAGCAUUUUGCACUCCAGAGAGUAUGUUUGUGUUGGUUUUAUAAGAAGUCUAAAUGAAGUUAUUAAUACCUGAAGCUUUAAGUUAACUGCAUUGAUUAUAUGAUAUUUUUUGGAAGCAUAAAUUUUAAUUGUGACAGUUUAAAACCUUUUUUCGUCCACUGAGAAUGUAAAUAAAUGUUUCUUCUUUCUGGACCAAGAAUAUGAAAUAAUUUUUCCUUUGUAGCUAAUGGUUGCUGUGAGGAAGAAAUAAUUUGGUAUUAUUAAGAGUCUACUUUCAGUCCAGCUGUUAAAGGUGUGCUGAGUUUGCCUUGUUAAUUCUUUCCUCUAUGCUGCUGAUUCCUGCAUGUCUGCAAUCUGCUGAGUUUCUGUGUUUCUGCAGUAGUGGUCAGAAAAAUACCGAAAUUCCCUUAAGAGUGUUGCUUUUUAUUUGUUCCAGUUUUGAGAUAAAUGAGUGAUUCUGUCAUAAAAUGUCCAUUUGUGAUGUACUUUUCUUGGAGGGUUAGGGUAUUCAGCAACUAAAGCUCUUAGUCAUUGUAACUGUCAACUAACAGGAUUUUUUUAGGCACUAUUUUAUGCGGCAAGGCAUAGUAAGUUUCCUGAAAGGAUUGAAGUACUAAGUAAAUAACAUUUGUAUGCAAAUACACAAUCCAUAAGAAAAUUUGGCAUCGAGAAUUACUCAUUAAUAUUUCCCUGAAAAGAUAGAUAUUUAAACCUUUAUUUAAAUAAAUUAGAGGCUUAUUUUAAAUAAAUCUGUUAUUUUGAGUAAUGUGGUUAUUUUAAGUUCAAUCAUUCAACCAGUUCAUUCAGUAAAUUCAGUUUGGUUUUCCUUGAGAUAAUGAUGGUGUGAAUCAUAUUUUAUUGAAUUGUUAGCAGCAGUGUCAUCCUCCCUGUGAUUAAAUAUGUAGAAAGUGGAUGUUUUCUUAGGUAUAUCUUUAGUGUGCAUAGAGACCACAGUGGAUGUUGUAGACUAGAAUCGUAGAGUAUAAACGUCAGUGCUGUGGGACAUGUAUUCCUUGAGUAUUGUUUUAUGAUGUUGUUGUGUCUUUGGAAUGAUUUUCUAACCUUGCAGAAAGACAGAAAAGAUGUCAUAUGUAUUAUAGCAUAUGACUAUGUAAUAUUGAAUGUGAAAAAACUGGAAAGGAUCUUUACCAACCUUGCAGUUAUUUUUUUAAAGGUACCCUUUGGUUUUAUCAUUCCAUUUUGCUAGUAUUUAUUAGCUUUCUAAAUCAUAAUGAGGUACAAAACUUUUCCAUCUUACAACCUUUUCAUUUUUUGAAGUGAACAAGUAAAUACGUUUUUUUUUUUUUUUAAACCGGGUUUUGUACUGCUGAUGUUGAGCUUUGAGGGGAUAACUAGGUGAGGGCUAUAGGCUGAGGACUCCUGGCUGUGGGUCAGGCUCUGCCUCUUCCCCUAGGGACAGAUGGGGGCACAGGAUGCAGUGUCUUAAGUUCUGCUCUGGCUCUAACCGUGUGAAGUCUAAUCAUUGCAUAGCUAACAGGUAUUGAAUGAAGAAUGGAUGAAUGAGGACCAGUGUGAUUCCAGCAAGUUGGCUGGGGGAGUGAUCAAGCAUCUGUAAAUAGGUGAGACUGAACUUAACAGUUAAAGAGAGAGAGAAGACAGUUCUUUUUCUCUAGAAAGGGAAACAAAAUGCAAGAUGGGGAAGACUGCUGGACAGCCUGCAUGGUAGAAGGCUGGAGACUUACUUAGAAACCAGCUUGAUUCCCAACUCCGCAGGGCAGGGCCCUUAUAAGUGGGAGGGGCCUCAUCCAAAAAUGGCUCCCAACGUUUUCUCCAGGUGGAGCUCAUUGCUGGGGAAGGGAGCAUGUGGGAAGGAAGACCCAUGUCCUUGUCUGCUCCUGAGAACCACCAGGAUGUCCAGGGAAGCCUCUUCCCGCACCUGUCCCUCUGUUCCUCUGGGCAGUCCCACCUUGUUCCUUCCUCCAGUAGGGCCUGGGGUGUUCAGGGGGCAUGGGCUGCAUGCAUGGAUGGCCAGUGUGCCUGCUGUGUUACGUAACUUUCAGUUUUAUGUUUUCUCUAGUAUUCUGUUGGCUUUUAAAAUGUUUUGAUUAUCGUUUUCCUCCUAUCUAAAUUGAAGAUGACAAUAUAGUAAGUACAAUCAUCUUUAUAUCAUGGUUCAUGAUUCACAGCUACAAAGACCAAUAUAGCAAGUCGUGUUCCUCCACCUCUAAGUAAAUACAUGUGUGUCUAUUGUGUGUUUCUGUGUGGAAAACAGAUUGUAGGGGGAGAGACAGAGACAUAGGAUUGUGUUACAGAUGCUAAAUGUGGCCUGUCCCACACUACAGCUUUGUAAAGGAGUCUGACUCCAGCCACAAAAGAAUGUUUUCUGAGACUGGGAAAACAUAAUGGAAACCAAGAGAAGCAGUUUAAAAAUUAGUAUAAUUAUUGCAGUUGCUAAGGUUUUUCUGUUCAGAACAUUUUAGAACUUUUGUAAUUUGUAUUUGCCAAAUGCUUUGUAAAUGGUCAGGUUCUUGCUGUCCUCUGACUUAUUUAUUCUCCCACAUACAGUCUCUUGGGAACAAAGGGAGGAGACAGGAAUUAGUCUUACGGAUCUUACGCUGUCCUCCAAAUUUGUUUGUUCGAAUGUGACAUCUUCAUAGAUUCUGGAGUCCUUCCCCUCAGCUGGAUCUCACUGUGCAGCUAGAUAAUUUUGCAUCUGUUUGGAUGAUUGUAGUCCUUGCUGUGCAUGGAGAAUAUGGUAUUAAACCUUCACAGAGCAGCUGCCAGCAAGUGUUUACUGGACAUUGACUCAGUGCAUAGGAUUGUGUCACAGGCACCAAGACCUGGUCCCUGCUCCCAAGCAACUUAGCACCUAAUUUCAGCCACAGAGCAUCCAUGAGGCCUGCUUAGCUGAAGUGAGAGGCGACACUUUGGAAGGCAGCGUGGUGUCUCAGGAAGGGAAAGGACAGGGAUAAGGGACCUAAACCCUUUCUCUAUUACCUGGUCUGUGUUGUUAGAUGGCUUGAUUACGUGGGCUUUCAUGUCUUCUUCUCUAUUAUGAGGUGAUUUUAUAGGGAAAAAAAGUACAAAUUCUAAGGUCCCAGGCCAUGGCUGCUGGACCUGACCCUCAGGCGGGGCUGGAAAUGUGCUGGUAAUUCUCUCACCUGAACCUGAUGACCAGCUAGGGUGGAAAACUCUUCAAAGGGCCUUCUCCUUUGGUGACCAUAUACUGCUGUCAUGUUAACUAUUCCACAUAGAUGUGAGUAAUUGGGUAUUCAUUGUAUUGCUGUCUGUGUUUGUAUAUGAACCUAUAUAAGAAAUGCAUUUCAGUAUGUGAGCCUCAACCCACAAUUCCCUAAAAGUUUUAGCAGUUUUUGGAACAUAAAUGAGUCUCAAGAGGAUAUUUGAUAUAGGGAUUUUCCUUCUAUCUUACUUCUUUAGGGGAAAUUGAGGCUCUGGAAACCAAAGAAAUAGGAAAACACAAUUCUCAUGUAAGGAAAAAAAUAUGCAAUUCCUUACUAUCUGCUACAUUAUGAGGAAAAAUAAAAUUUCGUGGUGAUACAGUUCUCUGGAGUAACAGGCCACCUUAUAAAGUAGAUGUGCCACAAGUUCUGUAAUAAGGACGAUGCCACUUCUCUAGGGCUGGUGAUAUAAACACUACCCCAGUUCUCCAUCGGUGGACAGAGUCCUUGGAUUUCCUAAAGCAAGUGGGGAGUGGGGAGCCCGCGGGGGUUGUUACGCUGGGCCCUGGAGAGCCGGAAGGGGGAGGAGGAGAUGGGCGCGGCCCUUACAGCAGGUGGCCACAUGGAGGCAGGGCUUCCGCGCUGCUGCUGUUGGCCCUCUGGUCCCAGAUGAGAACUUCAGACAGGGAGGCUCCCGCAGAGAUGGCCUUGCUCUCAUCUCUCCUCUCCGAUGUCUUACUAGGAGGAGGGGAUAGGAGGGCGGGGGAGCUGUUCAUUUUACAAUAGAUCUGGAGCAGAUCAAGGCCUUCUCUUGAGUCAGGAAACGGUGGUAGGAAGUUAAGCAGCGGAGGUGGCCCAGGAGGUGGCCCGGAACGUGAAGAAUUGAAGCUGAGUGGAGGGUAGCACAGCGGGUGCCGAAGCCUUCUCCUUUCCGGGCAGUGGCCGCACGUUUUUCUUACUGAAUUUCAGUCAUUUCUUCUAGCAGUUCGGGGAGGAGGGCCCGUAUUGGAGGGAUUGCCUAAGGACCAUGGCUGCAGGUACAAUUCUCCAGUGCUUUUAAACCCUGUUCACUUUCACUUUUUAUUUCUUCUUGAGGGAUUAUGCUGGAGACCCAGCUGUGUUUGCUUUUGUAUGAAAUUUUAACUCCUAGUCUUAGCAUCCUGCCAUAAACACUCAUGAAGACCCAUCCUGUUGAUGCUUCGCAGGGGCGUUGUGGCUCUUGGUAGGCAAAGGAGCACGUUUUGUUCCACAUUUCCAUUUCUGGUGUCCUGUUGAGCACUUUCACAUUUUUUGCCUGAAGAACAUCUAAUGAAAACAUUCUUUAAGAACACCACCACAUAAAAUACCCCUUUAUUAUCAGAUAGCUCUGAUUUAGCCUUAAUUUUGUUAAACUUUUUAGAGAUGAACGAAGUGCUGCUGUGGAAAGAAAUGUACUAUAUACUAUUUCUGUAUCAUUAAAAUGAGAUUUUUAUGGUUC